AUGCCUUUCACUUGCUCUGACAGUGAGUAUCGCUCUGCUUUACCUUUUUCGCUGUCGCUUGCUUUUGCAGACGAGAUGCCGCUCGGCUCGACUCGACUCGGCUCGGCUCGGCUCGGCUCCGUUCGACAUGAGGGCGAUCGAGCUGAAGAGCUGGUGAGGUCUAGUGCUCGCGGAAAGCCUACUCGUCGAAGUUGGCAGAUUCUAGGAUGCGUCAAUGUAGCGGGAGGGCCAUAGUCUCGUCAAGGAGUAAGCGCGCAAAGGUCCUUCCCAAGCUCAAGCACGAAACCGAAGCGCUCAAGAGAUCGGUACCGGUGACUCGGAGUUGGGCCAGCGAGCGCAAAACAUUCGGAGCGCCACUGGUCUGCUGAUCUCUUGACAGCUUCGACUUAAUGCAACUGACACGCGCAUCCUACCUUAUCCUUUGCCCACGCUUCAAUCUUUGCAGUCCUGAAGAUCUUCUUCGCCAUUUUCGUCCCGCCUCUUGGUGUCUUCCUUGAGCGAGGAUGCGCUGCUGACUUCUGGUGAGUACGUUCACUAGGACUCGAUGAGAGGGAAUGGGUAGCGCUCGAUGGAGGAGAGGGAAUGGGUAGCGCUCGAUGGAGGAGGCGUCAUACAAGGCAACAUGGUCAGCCAGACACGUCUCCUCGUUGGCUUUAUUCCCAAAUCCUGUGCACGUGCGAAGGACAGGAGCUGAUGAUCACAUCGAUCUUUCCCUUGUUUUCCAUUCACCUCGUCUGCAGGAUCAACAUCUUGUUGACGUGAGUCAUUGACGCGUGCUGCGCGAUCUGAAGCACGAGGGUUUGCAAUGCUGACCAUACCCGCUUCGCAUCUAUCAAUAGCAUUCUGGGUUACAUUCCCGGCAUCAUUCACGCGCUCUACGUCAUCCUCAAGUACUAA